AUGGCCGAUGAUAUUGUGUUCGAAUUGUUGCAUUCUGAAAUAAUAAAUUAUACGUUAGAACAACCAAGAACCAGCAAUGGUAGUAAAGAAGUCGAUUUAUCUGUUGUGGAAUAUAUUGGUUUUGCUGCUGGUUAUAAGAUAAUGGAGAGAUUAACUAGAGAAUGGCCACGUUUUAAAGAUGAAUUGGACACUAUGAAGUUUAUUUGUACAGACUUUUGGACAUGUAUUUAUAAAAAACAAAUUGAUAAUUUGAGAACAAAUCACCAAGGUGUUUAUGUGCUUCAAGAUAAUGCAUUUAGAUUUCUAAACAACUUUUCAAAUGGGCAUCAGUAUUUGGAGUAUGCACCAAGGUAUGUGGCAUACACAUGUGGUCUGAUAAGAGGUGGUCUGGCUAAUCUCUGCAUCAAUAGUAUUGUGACAGCUGAAGUUCAGUCAAUGCCUUCCUGUAAAUUUCAUAUACAUGUCCAAAGAACA